AUGGCAAUGCUGGAUCCUCAACCCACUGACCGAGGCCAGGGAUCGAACCUGCAUCCUCUUGGAUGCUAGUCAGAUUUGCUUCCACUGAGUCAUGAUAGGAACUCCUCAUUUUUAUUUCUUAAUCUUUCUUAUUUUGCUCUUUUGUACUUUCCCAAAUUUUUAUCACUUGGGUUCAUUUUGCAUUUUAAAUCAUUUAUUUACUAAUCAUUUUAUUUAUCUUUAAAUUUGACCUGGGUAGUACAAUUUAGAGUGUUUUUAUAUUUUUAUUUCUAUAUAUGAAUCUUCUAACUUUUCUACAAUGUUAUUUUAUUUUUUGCAUAAUCUUAAUGUUUAACCUUUUUGUCAAAUUUCUCGUUUCUGGGAAUUUAAUGUAAGGGAAAAGAAACUGAAAACAACAACAACAACAAAUAAGUGCCCCGAUACAUUCAUUUCAGCCUUAUUCACGAUAGUACCAAACUGGAAAAACAAAGUCCCCAUGAUUCGGUAUUGCGCAUUCAUUAAAAAUGUCGGGUUCAGAAAGUACAUGUCGGCAUUGAAUGACAUCGUAUCAGCUAAGAAAAAAUGAUUCUAGAAUGUCUGAUUUUCAUGAACAUUGUAGUCACUCUGAUCUAAUAGUGAAAAGGGGGUAUAAAGAGAAAACUGCAAGAAAUAAUUAAAUUCAAAUAAACAGAUAAAAAGCCAGCUCUCUCAACAACUAAAGAGCAGGAAGAAGUACUGGGGCAAGCUACAAGGAAGUCGAACAUAUUUCAUGGAACUCAAUGCCACAGCAGGAGUUUGUCCAUUCAAAGAGCAAACGUGGCCUUUCCCCUCUGUUAGCAACGUCCUCUUCCGGCGGCGGUCACCGGGGAAAGCAUGCAGCCUGGUGCUGUAAUCCCCAGGGCACUGCUGGGGGAGGCCAGGAGGAAGCCCAUUGUGAGUCUCAGGGACCCCAGGGACCUCUGCGUGGUCAGCAAGCCGGGCCUGCUGGGUGUCUGGGUGUCCUGGAGACCCUUUCAGCACUGGGUUCUCUCACCUUACAGGCUGGCAUCGAGAUUAUGCUAAUGAACUCCAGGUCCCAAGUCUUGUUGCCUGGUGACAAAGUUUCACAGUUGAGGAGGAAGACCUGGGAGGAACGGAAUCUAUCUUCUAGCAGUUUCAUGUGACUUUUUCCUCAAGCUGAUCACCACUUGAUCAGAACAGCAUACUUAAAACACAUUCCCCUACUAAAAGAACAUGGCCAAGCGUGGGAAAGCCCCCAAGGGCAAAAAGAUCACCCUCAGUGUGGCCAAGAAUUGUAUCAAGAUCACAUUCGAUGGGAAAAAACGCCUCGACUUGAGCAAGAUGGGAAUUACCACUUUCCCCAAGUGUAUUCUGCGACUCACUGAUGUGGAUGAGCUCGACCUUAGCCGGAAUUUGAUCAGGAAGAUUCCUGACUCAAUCUCCAAGUUCCAGAAUCUGCGGUGGCUGGACUUGCACAGCAACUACAUCGAGCUCCCCGAGUCCAUCGGCCAGAUGACCACUCUGCUCUACCUCAACGUCAGCAACAACAGGCUGACCACCAACGGGCUGCCUGUGGAGCUCAACCAGCUCAAGAAUAUCCGCACCGUGAAUCUGGGCCUGAACCAUCUGGACAGUGUGCCCACCACACUGGGCGCUCUAAAGGAGCUCCAUGAGGUGGCGCUCCAUGACAACCUGCUAAACAGCAUCCCCAACAGCAUCUCCAAGCUCCCCAAGCUGAAAAAGCUCAACGUAAAGCGAAACCCCUUUCCCAAGGCAGAGGAGUCUGAUAUGUUCAUAGAUUCCAUCAAGAGGCUGGAAAACCUAUAUCUGGUGGAGGAGAAAGACCUGUGUUGGACUUGCCUGAAAAAAUGCCAACAGGCCCGGGACAAGCUGAACAAAAUCAAGAGCAUGGCCACGGCAGGACCGAGAAGGGCCAUCUUCUCCAGUUUGGCCUCACCUAACUCCACGGCCAAGGAAUCCCAGGAAGAAUGGAGGAUUCGCUCUACAUCUCUCUAGAGUAGCUUAUGGCAAAAACCUGAAGACUAAUCAGCUAACAAGAAUAAGCAACUCUGAAGAAGAAAAGCCCUCAGUUAGGAGAAGAAAGAGAGUGGCAAGGGGAAUAUUCUGGAAGCCAGGCUCUCCGAUGCUGGCCAAGCCACUGACUUGCUUCUUAAAUUCAUUUUGCCGCUCUUGCUUUAGAUCAUCUGUGUGUGAAAAUGACUUUGGGAAAUACUUGGUGUGUGGUUUUCUUUUUAAUGUGCAUAGAGGAAAUAUUUAAGAAAAUGAUAGAUAUGGAUUACAGACAAUUAAAGAUUUAAAAGAAGACUUUAAGAUAUAAAAGAAUUGUGGUCUCUAUACUUCACUUGAGCUGGCAAAAUCCCAACACCAGUCACCUCUGAUAAGUUGUGUAUGUCUACUGUGAUCCUCAGCCACUAAAAUUUAUAUAAAGAAUUCAUACCAAAAAAAAACCUUGGAAAUACUAUGGAUAGGUCAAAGUAGAGUUUUAACAAACCUUUCAGUAAUGCAACAGUAAGUAGGAUAAAAACACAGAAAUGAACAACAGAGGGAAAAAUAGGAAACAAAAAAUAAAAUGGCAGACCGAUAUCCUAAUAUCUUAAUAAUUACAUUAAAUAUAAAUUGUUUUCUUUAUUUGUGAUGGCCCCAAAUGAGAAACAACCAAAUUUCCCUCAACAGGUAAAGGGUUAAACCAACUCUGGCAUAUCCACAUCAUGGAAUACCACUCAGCGAUCAAAAGGAGCAUGUAAAACACACAACAACUUGGAUGGAUUUCAACAGCAUUAUUCUGAGUAAAAAAGACCUAUCUCCAAAGGCCACAUACUCUAGGAUUCCAUUUACAGAAAAUUAUCUAAAUAACAAAAUGUAGAGAUGAGAAACAGAUCAUUAGUUGCCAGGGGUUACAGAUGAUGAGAAGUGAUAGAGGGCAGGCAUGACCAUGAAGCGGUGGACAAGAAAUAUCUUUGUGGUAAUAAAAAUAAUCGCUAUGUUGAGAGUGGUGGUGGUUACAAGAAUCUAUAAUAUGAUAAAAUGACAGAGAACUAUGCAUACAUAUUGUACCAAUGUCAAUUUUCUGGUUUUGAAAUUGUACUAUAGUUAUGUAAGAUGUAACCAUUGGGGGAAUUAAAGUGAAGCCUGAAAAGGGCCUCUCUGUAUUAUUUUUUGCAACUUCCUGUGAAUCUACAGUUAUCUUAAAAUAAAAAAAUUAAAUUCUUACGGCCUAUAUGCAGUGAUAAACAGAAACUUAUAUAUCUGCUAUGUGCUAAUUUAUGAGUAACCACGGUAAUAAAGUGCUUCAAUCAUCCUGAAGA